AUGGAUAUUUCCGUGGAAGACGAGAGGUUGUCACCUAUUCCAGUUGCUGGAUCCAGCGUGGAUAGUAACGAGGAGUCCAAGGGCGGCGAAGCUCGUCGUCUACCACCGGAUGAACUCGGGCGUGUAGCUAAAAACAUGGAACCUCGUGAGGCCGCAUACGAGAUACAGUUUUCCGCCGUGACUACGCAAAUACGAAUCAUUCGCCACACCCCAUUGAAAUACAGGUGGUUCCAUUCCACAGGUAGUCAUCCGGUUAAGUUUCCACCUGAGUUUCCACCACAGGCGUCAGUAGAUGCCUAUGAUGUGUAUACUCAUAGCUGGCCAUCUGGUGUGGCGCCCCGUGGUAUGACGCAACAAAUGUGGAUAUGGAAGCAGCAUCUACAUAACUCAUCUGCAGCAUGGCUCCCUGUCUCUGUGGGAUACUACUGCGAGACGGGUAGAUUUACCGGCAGAUCGUUGGUUCUUACUGAUCAAGGUGUUCCUUCGUGGGUGGGGAAGCUUACUCUUCAGAGAGGAUAUAAGCAUGUAGGAACUGGGUUAGAUGACGGAGCCAAUCCAGUACAGCCUGGUGAUGCGAGCAAGGGGAAGUCUAAAAUGGCGUAG